AUGAUAGUUUCCGGUAAACUCUUGGUUUCCUUGAGCCUUCUAGUUCUUGUUUUCAAAGUGUCUCAUGGGCAGCCUUUAGUUCCUGCACUCAUCAUCUUUGGGGACUCUGUUGCUGAUGUGGGAAAUAAUAACAACCGCACUACACUAGUGAAGGCAAACUUCCCUCCUUAUGGAAGAGACUUCGUUAAUCAUCAACCGACUGGAAGAUUUUGUAAUGGGAAGCUUGCCACAGACUUCACCGCUGAAUAUCUCGGAUUCACCUCAUACCCACCAGCUUUCCUUAGCCAAGAAGCCACAGGGAUGGGCAUUUUGACUGGAGUCAACUUUGCCUCAGCUGCUUCUGGCUAUUAUAACUGGACAGCCCAGUUAUGGGGUGCAAUUUCACUAGACCAACAAUUAAAUUACUACAAUGAGUAUCAAAGUAUAGUGGUGAAUAUGGUAGGGGAAGCCGAAGCCAAUGCCAUAUUCUCUGGCGCCAUCCACCUUCUUAGUGCAGGAACCAGCGAUUUCAUUCAGAACUACUACAUCAAUCCAUUUCUUAGAGGCUACACACCUGACCAAUUCUCAGAAAUUCUAAUGAGAUCCUACUCCUCUUUCAUUCAGAAGUUGUAUGGACUCGGAGCACGAAGGAUUGGAGUCACAAACUUACCACCUAUAGGAUGUUUGCCAGCAUCAAUUACCCUAUUUGGCUCAGGAAGCAACCAGUGGAACAUAAAAUUGAAUCAAGAUGCCAUUUUAUUCAAUAACAAGCUUAACAACACAUCUCAAACUUUGCAGAAGAGUCUUCCCGGACUCAAGCUCGUAGUUUUUGAUAUCUACCAGCCCCUCCUGGAUAUGAUCACAAACCCCAGUGACAAUGGGUUCUUCGAGUCAAGAAGAGCUUGUUGUGGAACAGGUACAUUUGAAACAUCUGUGCUCUGUAACUCUAGGUCUGUAGGAACAUGCAACAAUGCAACUGGUUAUGUGUUCUGGGAUGGAUUUCAUCCCUCUGAAGCUGCCAAUGAGGUCUUAGCUGGUGAUCUACUUGCACAGGGCAUCGAUCUCAUAUCUUGAAUCUAUUUAUACAACAACUUUGA